GUCAUUAAUAUUGUCUAGCAAUAAUAUAAAUAAAAUUAAUAAAUAGUUACGAAAUGAACUCACAUGAAAAUAGUUUUAUAACCAUCAAAGUUAGUUAAGCAAACGAGAAAUAUAUUAUUAUAGGUUUAGUGUAUAUAGAUUUCACAAUGAUUCACAGUUUGUUUAUCAUCAACGCUUCAAUUUUAGGAACUUGUGUUUGAUUGCUGUGGAUGGCAGACGUUUGUGGCUGUUCAAAAGACAUCAGGCCAUGGAAAAAUAAUAAGUUUUAUUAUCGACUGAAGAAAGUAACUGGGGACAAGCCCAUUCUCCAGAAGGCAUUCCUCUGUUGUGAAGAAAUACUUUGGAAAAAUUUGCACCCUUGCUGGCCAGAGUCGGCCAAAGAUCAUAUUUUCACGUAAAGUUUGCACUAAUAUUGAGCUGUACAAUUUUCUGGGAGAGGUCUCACUGGUCUCUUUGCUACAUUGAAGGUCACGAGCUGCAGAAGAAGGCAUUCGUGCUGUCAGACGGAAGCAAAAACGGUGAAGAAGUGGAGGUUGUUGAAACUUUUAAAGAAUUUCCUAAGUUCGAUAUUCACCUUGGAUAAUACAGAAUUUAUAGAGUUGCCUUCAACGAAUGAAAAGUUACUUCAUGGAUGACGAACGUUACGAAUCUAAAGGUGAAGGAACGGAAUAUUACCCCGACUAUGAAAGCUUAAAAGAUCAUGGCUCUGUCGAAGAGAGUAAUGUUGACAAUAGAAACAGGUUACAAAUGUCUCGUGAAACCCUUCAAAAUGCUGGUGUAUCAGCGAAUGAAACUCGUGAAGCUAAAGAGAGUCGUGUGGACGACGUGAUCCGUGUUUCCCACGAGAGUCGUGGAAAUAACGAGAGACAAGUUGCUAAUAAAGGUCGUGUUUUGAAGAAUGGAAGUCUUCGGAGUUUCAUGAAAACAGAAAAAAGGAAAGUAGUAAUUUUAAUGUUGAUGAUAAAUAUGGAGAAUAUGUGAAGCUAAAGUCUAUUGCUCCACUACGUACAGAGAGGUUACAGUCAAUCAACUUCUCUUCCAAGGAGACAGCUACAAUGACAUCACGUAGUAUGGCGUCACUUGACAACCUUUCCAGAAACAUAAUGCCCAGUGAUUCAGUGAGAAAUUAUACCAGCAUGGGUUACAGUCAAUAUGGCGAUGAUGUGUCUAGUGUUGAUCUUCAACAACCUGUUGUUGUUGUGAGAACAUUUGAUCAUCCAGGAAAGUCGUACUAUUACAGACGAAGGAGAUCAUUGCCAAGAAACCACUCAUAACUCAGCUACAAAAAAUCUUUUAAAUCUUUGACGACUCGCAGACGAAAACCUUUACCAUCUGCCUGGACAAUAAACCUUCGAAAUUCGCCGUCAAGACAUGAAAAUUAUAAAGAUGUUCACUCUUAUUAUUUACCACCUAGAAGAAAAGCCAAAUAUCAUGGUUCAACUCGUACACGAGAUUACAUGAAUCACGAAAUGAAAGUUUGUGAAGCUAAAUGUCAUGGUUCUGGUAAUAGUAAAAGAUACAUUGUUGAAAACCGUCCAAAACUAUCCCAUACUAAAAAUUCUAAAACCUCGGCUUAUUACAAAACUUCUGGUCGAUCGCAAUUCAGCUCACAUUCAGAUGCGUUAGAAGUAGAUUAUAAAUCAUCGCCUGUCCAUCAAGACGAAAUUAAGGAUCAAAAUUUUCAAGCAAUUUAUUCAGACAAAAAGUGGGAAGAGAAAUCACAUGACCCAGAAAUCAUGUCCAUUGUCAGUGGCAGUGAAUUUUCUGAAUUCUUACCCACUCCUCCACGGCCUAGCGACAGCCAAUCAGAUAUCUCUACCGAUGGAUAUUCCCGUGGUAGUUAUAAAUCAUUUAAAAACAAACUUGAAAGAAACGUUAAAGAAAACAGGGAGGUUGUUGUUGAAGACAGAAGUCAAUCAGAUCAAGAAAAACAUAAUGAAUCAUUUGAAGAAACUUUAGAGCGUUUACGAAAUGACGAAACGCUUGAGAGGAAUGGAAACAAAAGUAGAAAAAACGUCGGUUCAUUUAAUAAAGAGACGAGCAGUUCAUUGUGGACUCAUAAUGACAGCGGUUUUAGAAAGAAACAUCAUGUGCCAAUAAAUGGUGUUCAAGUCCUACCACCAGAACCAGUUUUUAUUCAGUUUGAAAGUAGCGAUGGAGAAAGAAAAUUGAAGUUGAAUGUUUUAUUAACAAGCUUUUUUAGACUUAUAAAUGGUUCACUUUAUAUGGUGAAUUUACUAUGUAUGUAAUGACUUUCUAUUUAUUUUUCAUACAUUUGAAGGACAUUUAAAUCCACAAAUUAUUCAUUCUCCCCCCUCCCCCCAUGGAGAACAUAAAGCAUUUUUUCAAACAAAUGUACUUCCUACUGUUAUUUUGAAAUUUUUACAUUGUUAAAAUAAUCUUUUUUAUGACGACAUUGCAAACAAGGCGUCAUUAUUGAUGUUUCUAGUCUGACAGAAAACGUUAUAGAAAUACACUUGUUGAAAUAACUAUUGGAGACUGUGAUCGAAGAUCAGUGGUUUAUCUCCAGACGGUAGUAAAAACGGUGAAGAAGUCAAUAGUGUUGAAUUACUUGAAGACCGGAGAAUUUUUUUUAAACAGUUUAACUUUGAUGUUUGGCGCAAAAAAAUAAGUACAAUAAAGAAAAGUUUGCUGUUCACAUGAAGAACACUGGAGAACUUAGAUAAAUUUUUGCAUUACAACUAGAAGAGAUCUAGCUUUCACGGUUCCAGCAGUUAUGGGGAUCUUGGAAGAAGGGAAUUGUUCUAUGAAUAAUGGCGAUUGUAAAACGGCUAUUGAACAUUAUAAUAAUUGUGUAGAAGUUGCAGACGAAGAUAGCCUGAAAACGAUAGCAUAUUUUGGUCUUGGUAAUGCUUACACACUCUCAAAUAAUUGGGAGGAAGGAUUGAACAGUUUUAAGCAUUGCUUAAAGUUUUCGUCUAAAGUUGAAACUGAAUAUUUUGAACAACAAGUAUACCUUGGCCUGGGGAGUGUUCAUUCUACCAUUAAAAGAUUGGAGGACGCAAUGAAGAAAAAUGAAAUGGAAUGUCUCUGUCAUAUUGCAUUGGGAGGAUUGAACAAGUUGCUUGGAAAUUAUGAGAAAUCUUUGGAGCAUUAUAGAAAAGGAUUCUCUUUUAUUGAUUGUGAACACCAAGAAGAAGAAAUUCAACCUCAACAACAGAAAGAAAAUCAACAAGGAAAUCAACAAGAGCAAAAUAAACGGCGUGAACGACCGCGACGACCAAGAAAAGUUGGUGGUAUUAACGUUGGUAAAGAUUACUUGAAGAACUUGAAGAACUUGUCAAUUGUUACUUCAGCUGGAAUUGUCAGGGGAGUUUUGGCUGUUUUAUGGGAAUUAGCAGAAUUGUUUGAUAAACUUGAGCAAUAUAGGGAAGCAGCAGAUAUUUAUGAAAUAUAUCUGAAGAUUGUCACAGAAGAUAAAGAUAUAGAAAAGCAUGAGAACGCUAUGGAAUAUCUGAUACAAAUAUACGAAGAAGAAGGACGUGAUUUACACAGGGAUUCAAUGAAAACGAGAUUACAAGAAUUUCGUGAGAGAAAAAAGAACCAAGUUUCAGAACUGCAUUUACAAGAAUGGAAAUAUAAUGAUCCAUCGAUAAAACACCACGAAUUAUUUUUAAAAAUGAUUGAGUAUAGGCGUAAUCCUAAUGUAAAAGUUGAACUUUUAAACGAUGUUCGAGUAAUUUUUUCAGAUGAAUUUUGCAUUGGCAAAGGAAGUGAUGGAACCCGUGUUUAUCUUGGACUGAGCAAGGAUGGUUACGGGAAAGCUGUGAAACGAAUACUUCAGUACAACUUUAUCGAUUUUGCAAAGAAAGAAAUGAAAAUUUUUAAUAAAAUUAAAAAAAAGAAGUCGAAUUAUCUGGUGAAUUAUUCCUACUUCAAAAAAGACACUGAAACAGAAUGGGUCUAUUUGAUACUCGACCUAUGUGAAGAAUCGUUGGAGGAUUUUGUGCAUUCUUCUACUUUGGAGAAUCUUCAAAAUUCUCUUCCCAAAAUUCUCAGACACAUUUUAUUAGGAUUAGUUGAUCUUCACCGCGAGCCAAGUUCUAUUCUUCACAGGAAUUUGAAGCCUUCCAAUGUUCUCUGCAACGCAAAAGGCAAAUUUCUGAUAGCUGACUUUGGUUUAAGCCGAAUAAUGGAGAAUGGCCUUACGACACAUGCAAGCAAUGGUGAUAGGGGAACUCCGCAUUGGAUUGCUCCUGAAUCAUAUUGUAAAGAUAAUGAGUCGUUUGACAAAUCAAGUUACAAAAGAGAGUCGGAUGUAAUGAAUGCAGGACUCGUUGCUUAUUAUGUUGCUACAAAAGGUAAACAUCCUUUUGGAUCUGAAGAGUGUAGACUGCUAAACUUGUUACGUGGAAAUCCAAUUGGAUUGAAGGAAAUCAAGGAUGUUCAACUUAAACAUCUUCUUUCAUGGAUGCUACAGCUAAAUCCCAAACUCAGACCAUCAGCAAACGAGGCGCUUAAACACCCUUAUCUACUAUCUGAUGAAGAGAAGUUUGAUAUGUUGUGUGACCUGGAUAACCAACCAGUGAAAAAUAUAUAUCGUUUACUUCAUCCUCCUAAUUCAGAUGUCCAUAAGCAGUUGAAUCGGCAAAGAAGUUGGAAAGAUUGUAUCGACCCUGAAGUCUUUAAGCUUUUCAAUAAACGACACUAUGACUCUACAUGGUUCGGUUGUGUAGAAUUUUUACUAAACUUUCACCAGCAUUGGCACGAUAAGCCUCCUACACAAUUGCUUCAAAGCAAUGGUAACUAUAAAAAGUAUUUCCUGCAAGUUUUUCCUGAGCUUCCUCUACUUGUACAUAAUAUCAUGAAGUUAAUUGAAGGGAAAUCAAUUCCAGAUCUCGAAGAACAUUUAACCAAUAUGCAGUUGCAAGAAUUGAAACACCCUGAUGAAUCAGCAAAGCACAAAGAAAUAUUGUUAAAGUUAAUUGAGUGUGGGCGUCACCGUGAUAACAAGGUUGAAUAUGUGUACAAUGUACGGGUAAUUUUCUCUGACGAAUUUUGCAUUGGCAAAGGAAGCGAUGGAACCCGUGUUUAUGUUGGAUUGGCAAAGGAUGGCUGUAAAAAAGCAGUGAAACGCAUUCGUCGAGAUUGCAUUAAAAUAGGAGAGAAUGGAAAGAAAAUUUUGAAUGAGGGAAACGCAAAGAACUCGCAAUAUGCUGUGAAUUAUUUCUACUACGAAGAAAACCUUAAAACAGAAUAUGUCUAUUUGAUACUCGACCUGUGUGAAGAGUCGUUGAAGGAAUAUGUGGAAUCAGAUUCAAAUAGUUUGGACUGCCUUCAAAAAUCACUUCCCGAUAUUCUUAAACAUAUUUUAAAAGGAUUAGUUGAUCUUCAUAGUGAACCAAAUCCUAUUCUUCAUCGUGAUUUAAAACCAUCUAAUGUUCUUCGAGAUGCACAAGGACAAUAUCUGAUAGCUGACUUUGGUAUUAGUGGAAUAUUGAAAAACGGCCUUAAAACACAUGUAAGCGAUGCUACUAAGGGAACUCACGAUUGGAUUGCUCCUGAAUCGUACGUUGUUAAUGAGGAGUCAGUUGAUAGAACACGAUACAAACCAGAGUCUGAUGUAAUGAAUGCAGGAAUGGUGGCUUAUUAUGUUGCAACAAAAGGGAAACAUCCUUUUGGACCUCUAGAGUAUAGACUGAAAAACUUGCUAGAUGGAAAUUCUGUUGGUUUGGAAGAAAUCAAGGAUGAUCAACUUAUAGAUCUUCUUUUAUGGAUGCUACAACGACAACCAGAAGACAGGCCAUCAGCUAAAGAAGCAUUAAAACAUCCAUAUCUGCAAUCUGCUGAAGAGAACUUUAAUAUGUUGUGUAAUGGGGUGAAUCAACUGGAGAUAGAGAUAUGUGAUCCUCUCAACUCACAUGUCCAUAAGCAGUUAAAUGAUCCAAAAAAUUGGAUGGACCGUAUCGACGGAGAAGUUUUCAAUAAUUUCAAUGACUUUGACCCUACAUGGUUAGGCUGCUUAAAAUUUUUACAAAACGUUUGCGAGCAUUGGCAAGAUAAACCUCGUCCACAACUGCCGCCAAGUGAAUGCAACUAUAAAAAGUAUUUCCUGAAAGUUUUUCCGGAGCUUCCUCUUCUGGUGCACAGAAUCAUAAGGUAUAUCAAAAGGAAAUCCACUCCAGGUCUGAAAGAACAAUUUGCUAAAUUGCAGUUGAAAGAAUGGAAGUACUUUGAUCAAUCAAUAAAGCACAAAGAAAUGUUUAUAAAAUUAAUUAAGUAUGGAUGUGACCCAGGUAUCAAGGUUGAAUGUGUGAACGACGUACGUGUAAUUUUCUCGCACGAGUUUUGCAUUGGCAGAGGAAAUAAUGAAACCCGUGUUUAUCUUGGACUGAAAAAGGAUGGUUAUGGAAAAGCAGUGAAACGAGUAUGUCGGGAUAACUUGUCCAAAGAAUUAGAGAACGAAACGAAAAUUUUGAAUGAAAUCAAAGCUAAGAAGUCGAGUUAUGUUGUGAAUUAUUACCACUUAGAAGUAGAUACCGGAACUGAACAUGUCUAUUUGAUACUCGACCUAUGUGAAGAAUCGCUGGAGAGUUUCGUAAAAUCUUCUACUUUGGAGGAUCUUCAAAAAUCUCUUCCCGAAAUUCUCAAGCAAAUUUUAAAAGGAUUAGCUGAUCUUCAUAGCGAACCAAAUCCUAUUCUUCAUCGUGAUUUAAAACCAUCUAAUGUUCUUCGAGAUGCACAAGGACAAUAUCUGAUAGCUGACUUCGGUAUUAGUCGAAUAUUGAAAAACGGCCUUAAGACACAUGUAAGCGAUGCUACUAAGGGAACUCACGAUUGGAUUGCUCCUGAAUCGUACGUUGUUAAUGAAGAAUCAGUUGAUAAAGCACGAUACAAACCACGAUACAAACCAGAGUCUGAUGUAAUGAAUGCAGGAAUGGUGGCUUAUUAUGUUGCAACAAAAGGGAAACAUCCUUUUGGACCUCUAGAGUAUAGACUGAAAAACUUGGGAGAUGGAAACCCUGUUGGAUUGAUGGAAAUCAAUGAUGUUGUACUUAAAGAUCUUCUUUCAUGGAUGCUACAACGACAACCAGAAGACAGGCCAUCAGCUAAAGAAGCAUUAAAACAUCCAUAUCUGCAAUCUGCUGAAGAGAACUUUGAUAUGCUGUGUGAUGUGGUGAAUCAAUUGGAGAUAGAGAUAUGUGAUCCUCUCAACUCAGGUGUCCAUAAGCAGUUAAAUGAUCCAGAAAAUUGGAUGGACCGUAUCGACGGAGAAAUUUUUAACAAUUUCAAUGACUUUGACUCUACAUGGUUAGGCUGCUUAAAAUUUUUACAAAACGUUCGCGAGCAUUGGCAAGAUGAACCUCAUCCACAACUCCCGCCAAGUGAAGGCAACUAUAAAAAGUAUUUCCUGCAAGUUUUGCCGGAGCUCCCUCUUCUCGUGCACAAAAUCAUUAGGUAUAUCGAAGGGAAAUCCACUCCAGGUCUGGAAGAACAAUUUGCUACUUCUGAAGAAAAGAAAUCUUUGCUAUAUCUACUAAAUGAUAAUGGCAGGGAUGUUGAUAUUGGUAUAACGUCUUCUACAUCAGGACCUUUUUCUUACGAAAAGAUGUCUGUGCCAUCUCCCAUGAGUGACAACGACUAUGACGACAUUGACAAAACUCCUUCUACAGCAGUACUUGAUAAUAACAGUGAAGUCAUCAUUGGUGUUUCGCCUUCCACAUCAAAACCUGACUUGCUGUCUCAACCAUGGAAAUGUUAUGAUAAAUCAAUAAUGCACCAGCAAAAGUUCAGAAUGAUGGAGGAAUAUGGGCAAGAAAAUCCAAGAAAAGUUAAACUCGUAAAUGGUGUAAAGUUUAUUUGUUCUGAGGAGUUUUUGCUUGGUAAAGGAAGUGAUGGAACUCGUGUUUACCUUGGACUCGGAAAAGAUGGUUACGGAAAAGCAGUAAAACGAUUGCUUCGAGAUAACUGUGCGAAGUUGGCCAAACGAGAAAAAGAUAUUUUGAAUGAGUUUAAUGCCAAGCGUUCAAAUUAUAUUGUGAAUUAUUGGUAUCUUGAAGAAGAACCAGGCACAGAUUAUUUGUAUUUGAUAUUAGAUUUGUGUGAAGAAUCGUUAGAAAGUUUUGUGCAAUCUUCUACUUUGCAAGAUCUUCAAAAAGAACUUCCUACAAUUCUUACGCAUAUUUUAAAAGGUUUAGCUGAUCUUCACAGUGAUCCGUGUCCUAUUCUUCACAGGGAUUUAACACCAUCAAACGUUCUUCGAGAUGUACAAGGAAAUUUUUUAAUCGCUGACUUUGGUAUAAGUCAUAUGUUAUUAUCUGAUGAAACUUCGACACAUUGGAGCAUACAAAGAGGAGCUAAAUAUUGGAUAACUCCAGAGUCAUAUAACGCAUCAGAUGAUACAAUUAAUAAAGUUCGUUACAAAAAAGAGUCUGACAUUAUGAAUGCCGGAAUGGUGGCUUAUUAUGUUGCAACAAAGGGGAAACAUCCUUUUGGAGCUGAACGGCAUUUACUGUACAACUUAUUAAAUGGAAACCCAGUUGGCUUGGACGAAAUCAAGGAUGCCACGCUCAAAGACCUUUUAUCGUGGAUGCUACAGCUAGAACCGGAAGACAGACCAUUGGCCAAAAAGGCGUUAAAACACCCUUAUCUACAAACCGAUGAGGAGAAUUUCGAUUUUCUGUGUGAUGUUGGGAAUGAACCAGAAAUAAAGAAAUCAUCUCCACAUUCUCUUCCCUCAAAUCUUCGUGAGCAGUUGAAUCUUUCAAUAGAUUGGAUGGACCGUAUCGAUCCUGACUUUUUUAAUCAUUUCAAUAAAGUAUCCGACUCUACAUGGUUAGGUUGCCUAAGAUUUUUACGAAACGUUCGCCAGCAUUGGCAUCAUGAAUCUCGUCCACAACUGUCAUCAUGUGUUAAAGAUGGAAACUAUCAAGAAUAUUUUCUUCGACUUUUUAAGGAACUGCCUCUUCUAGUUCACAGAACUAUAAGAUUGAGUGAAUGGAAGACAAGACCUGUUCUAAAGAAACGUUUUCCAAACAGUGAAGAUCCUGUAAAACUUGAAGAAGGCAAGGGAAAGACAAGUGAAGCUGUUAUUGAUUACCCUGAUCUUAACGAUUUCGAUGGAGCCCCCGCAAUUAUUGUCAUGGGAGGAGUCUAUAGCAAACAUAUUAGAGAACAUAUCAGUUAUGAAUACCUUGAAAAACUGAAAGAAUCAGCCAGAGAGGGAUAUGCAGUCUUAACGAAUGGUGGCACUGCUGUUGAUGCUGUUGAAAAGGCAGUUAGUAUUUUAGAGAGCAGUGACUUAUUCAUGAUAGGUCGUGGAUCUCCAUUGAACAGUGAAGGAGAAGUUGAAUGUGAUGCAUUGAUUAUGGAUGGACACACUUUAAAAACAGGUGCUGUAAUUUCUGGUCGAAAUUUCAAAAAUCCAGUUUGUCUUGCUCGAAAAAUAAUGAAAAAAACACCACAUAGUGCUCUUAGUGGUGAUGGUGCUCUGAAAUUUGCUCAGGAUAAUGGAUUGGAUUGGUGCGAACCGAAUGAAUUGUUAAAUGGACAGAGACGUGUUCCACCUAAAUAUUUCAAUGAUUUUGUGAGAUAUUUUAUGGAGGAAGGUUCUUUUCCUGCUGAUGCGCCUGAAAUUAGACCUGAAGAAGUUGACACUUGCGAUUGUGCAUGUGCUGUUGCGAUUGAUAGAGAUGGCAAGAUGGCAUGUGCAACGUCAACAGGAGGUAUUGCCGGCAAACUUAAAGGUUGUGUUAGUGACACUGCAUUAGUUGGUUGUGGUGGAUAUGCAAAUGAUAAAGGAGCAGCUGCAGCAACUGGUCAUGUAGAGAAAUUGAUAAAAUUGAACUUUACAAGAAAAGUUGUAAUUGACAUGGAAGCAGGAAGUGCCCAAGAAGCUGUACAGGAUGCUGUGGAUGUGCUUAAAAUUGGCAAACUUGACGGACGCGCAGGAGGAAUUGCCAUUGACAGACAUGGAAAUAUUGGAAAGGCAUUUGAAAAUGACCUCAUGCCUUGGGUUAGCAUCAAAAAUGAUGAAAUGAAAUUUGGGUUGGAAAGGAUGAAGAAGGAAACUAUCCUUUUGAAAUUAUUGAAAACAAUGGCGUUGUAUAGUUUAUGAUUUAUACAUGAAUUAAUAUUCAUUCACAAUCAUGCACUGUUGAACUUUAGCAUUUGAAACUAAAUAUUCACACAAACAAAAAUAAACAAUACAACAAUUAUAAUCAUUUAUACACGUACAAUAAUCGGUUAGUCAUAUAUAUUCCUUCAUUGUUGAACUAAAAUAUUUGAAACAAUGCAUUUUUAAUUAUUCACAUGAUACAAGAAAAUCACUGUUGAUUAAAUUUCUUCACUUCAAA